AAUUCUUCAAGUAUGAGGAAAAUGUUACUGCUCCCCUCCCCUCGUUUUCUUUCUUUCUUUCUUUUAUUCUUUCUUUCUUCUCUCUGUCUCUCUCUGUCCACCCCCUCCCUCCGGUUCUGUCGGUCAGUCACUGAGCUUCACUGAGUCAGACAGAAACCGACAGAGAGAAGCUCAUCACAGCUCUGAGCAGUGGGAAACGGAGACUUUGGAAAUAAAACCAGUGGCGAGUAUUGUCAUGUGCAGAGACCUUGACUGAAACAACGAGACAGCAGCUGGCAGAGAAAUGGUGACCUGCAGUAGGGACUGUUUCCCUGGUCUGACCCCAGCGAUGAUUCCCUCUGUCCCCUCCCUCUUCCUCGUCCUCCUCCUCACUGGUCCGGCCCUUCUGACCCCGUCCACCUCCCAGGAGCUGCAGGUCAGAGGCAACAGGACACCGAGGGACGCAACACAGGACUCUGUGAAGGUGGUGAUCUCAGAGGGCUGUGCCACUCAGGGUGGUACAUCUGACGUGAGCCAAGGAGGUAAAGAACUCAACCUGGCUCCUGGUUCUCCUCUGGUCCUGACCCAUAAGAUCAAAUUGGUUCCAUCUGGUUCUGGAUCAGGAGCCAGGCCUUGUGGCUGUGAAGCGGACUUUGUUCCCCUGCGUGAGAGGCGGGAGAGGGAGGUGUCGGCCCUCAGGGAGAAAUGUGGAGGCGCUGAGGGCGGCUGCUGCACCUCCAAGGAGAGCAAAGGUGCAGGUUGCUCCAUUAAACCAGACGUUGACAAGUGUCCCAACGAGUGUAGCGAUCAAGGUCGCUGUGUGGACGGGAAGUGCGUCUGUUUUCCUGGCUUCAGGGGACCAGACUGCAGCCAGUCCAGCUGUCCCGGAAACUGCAACAACAACGGGAAGUGUGUUGAUGGACACUGUGUGUGUAACCCUAAUUUCACUGGUCCCGACUGUUUGCAGAGAGCCUGCACUGACAGCUGCAACAACCAGGGCAGGUGUGUUGAAGAAGGACACUGUGUGUGUAACCCUGGCUUCACUGGUCCCGACUGUUCACAGAAAGCCUGCCCCAGUAACUGCAACAACCAGGGCAGGUGUGUUGAAGAAGGACACUGUGUGUGUAACCCUGGCUUCACUGGUCCCGACUGUUCGCAGAAAGCCUGCCCCAGUAACUGCAACAACCAGGGCAGGUGUGUUGAAGGACAUUGUGUGUGUGACCCUAAUUUCACUGGUCCCGACUGUUCGCAGAGAGCCUGCCUUGACAACUGCAACAACCAGGGCAGGUGUGUGGACGGCAGGUGUGUGUGCAAGAGAGGUUUCACAGGUCCAAGCUGCUCGGAUAAAUCAUGUCCUGGAAACUGCAACGACAGGGGGCUCUGUGUCAACGGUCAGUGUGUGUGCAGUCCUGGAUUCACUGGCCCGGACUGCUCAAAGAAGGCCUGUCCUAACAACUGUAAUGACCGUGGGCGGUGUGUAAAUGGUAAAUGUGCAUGCAGCAGUGGAUUCACUGGUUUUGACUGCUCUGAAAUUUCAUGCCCAGGAAACUGCAACAAAAGGGGGCACUGUGUGAAUGGACAGUGUGUCUGCAAUCCUGGAUUCACUGGUCCAGACUGCUCCAAACGGGCCUGCCUUGAUAACUGUAGCAGCCGUGGGAAGUGUGUUAAUGGUAAAUGUUUGUGUGACAGUGGCUUCACUGGUGCCAACUGCUCUCAGAUUGCUUGUCCUGGUAACUGCAACAAGAGGGGGCGCUGUAUUAAUGGACAGUGUGUUUGCAAUGAUGGGUUCACUGGUCUGAAUUGCUCUGAAAAAAGGUGCCUCAGUGAUUGUAACAACCAUGGGAAGUGUGUUAAUGGUAAAUGUGUGUGUGACAGUGGCUUCACUGGUGCGGAUUGCUCUCAGAUUGCUUGUCCUCGAAACUGCAACAAGAGGGGGCGCUGUAUUAAUGGGCAGUGCAUUUGCAAUGAUGGAUUUACUGGCCUGGAUUGCUCAGAAAAACGAUGCCCUAAUGAUUGUAACAACAAUGGGAGAUGUGUAAAUGGUAAAUGUGUGUGUGACAGGAGCUUCACUGGUGGAGAUUGCUCUGAGAUUGCCUGUCCUGGAAACUGCAACCAGAGGGGGCGCUGUAUUAAUGGACAGUGUGUUUGUGAUGAUGGGUUUACUGGCCUAGAUUGCUUGGAAAAACGAUGCCCUAAUGAUUGUAACAGUCGUGGAAAGUGUGUUAAUGGUAAAUGUGAGUGUGACAGCAGCUUCACUGGUGCAGAUUGCUCUGAGAUUGCCUGUCCUGGAAACUGCAACCAGAGGGGGCGCUGUAUUAACGGACAGUGUGUUUGUGAUGAUGGGUUCACUGGCCUAGAUUGCUCAGAAAAACAAUGCCCUAAUGAUUGCACCAAUCAUGGACGGUGUGUAAAUGGUAAAUGUGUGUGUGACAGCGGCUUUACCACUGACGACUGCUCUGAAAAAACCUGCCCUAGAAAUUGCCGUAACAGAGGACGCUGUGUUAAUGGACAGUGUGUUUGUGAUGAUGGCUUCACUGGCACAGACUGCUCUGAAAAAGCUUGUCUCAACAACUGCAGCAACCACGGGAUGUGUGUUAAUGGGAAGUGUGUUUGCAAUGUUGGUUUUGCCGGACCAGACUGUACUGCCAAAAGCUGUCCCAAUAACUGCAACAACAAAGGACGGUGCAUAAAAGAGAGGUGUGUGUGCCAGCAGGGGUUCACUGGACAGGACUGCAGCCUGUGUAAGGAGGGGAUGACCGGACCCAACUGUGAUACAGUCAUGUCGGGCGUUUCCCAGCUGAGCACUCAGGACAUCACAGAGACGUCCGUCACUCUGGCCUGGACUCCACCUCCUGUCCAGUAUGAGACCUAUCACAUCACCUUCACCAGCCAGAAGGAGAGUGACCAGCAGAUAACCAUGAAGGUGGACGGCAGACUCAGCACCUUCACCCAGACAGGCCUGGCAGCUGGUCAGGAGUACUCCGUCACCAUUGCCGGAGAGCUUGACGGCAGGAGGGGAGCAAACAGCUCUGCUGAAUUCACGACUCUCAUCUCCGGUCCCACCAACCUCCAAGUCGUCAAGACGACCUCGACGUCUGCAGUGGUCCAGUGGGAGAAGUCACAUGGGGAGAUUGAUAGGUAUCGCUUGGCAGUCACACCCAGUGACGGAGCAGAGGGAAGUCAGGAAAUUAUCAUCCCAGUUGAGCAAAACUCUGCCCACAUCCAGCAUCUGGAGGCAGGGCAUUUGUAUACCAUCGCUGUCAUUGCAGAGAAGGACAGCAGUCGGAGCAAACCGGCCACCACCCAAGCAGUUCCCGGGAAGACAUUACCCAUGGUCACCUCUGCAACUUUGACCAUGUCGGUCAUGCUAGCACCUGGAGAAGAUGUUGGUGAACCAGACCAAGAGUUUAACCCAUCACCUGAUGUGCAGGUCUCUGACCCACAUGGGAGGAAGGGGAAUAGGAGUGAGGCUGAUUUUGUAAAAGUUAAAGGUAUUGAUGGGCCAAACAAACAAUCCUCAACUACUGUGAUGGCCAGGCCUAAACCUCUGGUCAUCAAAACAAUGGCAACAAAUGGCACCAGGCCCAAACUUGUUCAAAGCCCCACUCUGGCCAGGAAGACAAAUAUUUCAGGCCCGUUCCAUUUAAAUGCAACGAGAGUUGUGCCUGGAGGGAGAAAGGUUGUUCCUGGCCCUUUGAGAAAGCCCCUAGUGGGGGACAAGAAGAAAGCAUCUAUACCCAAGAAGCCUAAACCAAGUGUCUUCAAAACAGGAGAGAGGACAACAGCUUUAACUCCAAGUGACCUGAGUGUGGAGACAUCAAGCUCUGAGAGGGGAGAUGAAAAACAUCCAGCUAUAAUGUCUAGGGCGGAUUCAGAAACAAACCAACAUAGUACCUCAGAAGAAUCAACAAAUCAACCAGAUACUGGCAAGACAGGUCAAGGAAAUGACACUGCUCCAGAAUCUUUAGAGCCUCGUGGGGCCAUUCAGGAGAAGAAAUGUGUGAACAAAACUAAAGUGACACACAUCAGAUUACCCCUUUUGGGCAAAGGCAGCAAGUGUAGAGAGGAUGGAACAGUGCUGGUAGGAAACACACUGGAUUCAGAUCAAGGCUCCUCUGAAACGGAUCCAAAUGGAGAGUCAGACCCUGACUACACACCUGAUCCUUUACAUAAACUCCUGACGGACACUUAUGAGAGUCUGAAUAUCACAACGUUUUUUAUUCACCUGUCCAAAUCAUCAAACCUCUCUACUGACACAGAAACAAUGAGGAAGCAGAUUUUAAGUGAACUGAAGCCUUUAUCAUCAUUCUCGUCCUCUUCAUCAUCCAUAGCAACCUCACAUUUAUCCUCAUCACAGUCCUCAGCUGCACCAUCAUCAUCUUCCUCAUCCUCUCUAGUUUCAUCUUCACCAAAAACAGCACCAUUAUUACCGUCAUCAUCAUCAUCACCACCACCAUCAUCCUCUUCCAGUUCAGAUAAAUCAGAUUCAUUUGUAAGCAAUGAAAAAGAUGCUGAAAACAACCAGCACAUCACCGAUGUUGCAUCACCAAGAGACAGGAAACCACUACUACCCUCAAGAGAAGGUCUAAAACAUGGAUACACGCGUCACCCACGACCAAUCUUUGGAUUGUUUCAGAACAAAACCUAUCAAAAUUUGAGAAUUCCUCACCGUUUCCCUCCUCCCUUGAACGUCAUUCCUAGAAAAGAGACAGAGGCCAGACAUACAUCCACCAUUGAAUCUUCAACUUCUUCAUCUGCUUCAAAUGCACCAGAGAAGGAUGCAACUGGAGAUACAACCACACCCUCUGGAGCUGAACAAAACCAGGAAAAGAUGCCAAAAGAAAGAGUACGAAUCCCAGUUCGCCAUCCUCCUCCAAAGGGUGGAUAUCUGCGUCGCCCCUUUCCAAAUAUGGGACCUCGUCGGAAGCAAACUCACCCAAAUUUGAGGCUCCUGACUCGCCCCUCUCGACCUUUAAGUCCUGAAAGAGAGACACUGAAGCAGCAGAUGCCAACCACUACAUCGCUUCCUGUUACCAAAGCUCCCUAUCCAGCUGGACGUACAGGUCCAGUAGGAGAGGAGAAUAAAGACAGAGGUGUGCCUAGAGUCUCCCCAACAAGCAUGUCUAAGCAGUUAAAUCAGACUCCCAGAGGUGGUAGAGUAUCUUCCAUCCACCACCAACCCAACAGAUUUAAUCUCUUCCAUCACCCACAACUGCAUGGCAGAUCAUCCCAAAACAGAACACAUCUGACCUCGAGACCACCUCAGCAUCCAAACAGAGGUCUUAUGCGCAAACCUUACAUAACCAGAAAGAUAAUCGGAGGCAGCGGCAUUACUGCUGGAAAUCAAACAAGCCAGAUCAGACAGGAUAGUACCCCUGAAAUCCCACAUAACCAACAACCAGGAGAGCGGGAUGUUCCCAGAGCUACUCAAGAAGUCCAAAUUAUACAAUCUGGCAGAAAAGAAAGUGCCAACAUAAUAGCAACUUCUCAAAAAGGAGGCCAUGAUACAACCAUCAGACCACAAAUGAAUGAAUUAGAUAAAGGAGUAGAUGUAGUCCAAACUACCAAAUCUGGGAAAGAAGAAACUAGCAUCCCAACUAUCAAACAAACUUCCUCUGAUUCAGCAGCCUCAAGACCAGCCAUGCUUCCAAAGAAGCAGCUACCAACAAGAAGUAUGACGGGACCAAGGGGAGAGGAUCCAAAAACAAUUAACACUGCAAGAACGGUGUUUGACGGUAAAACUGCACAGACAAGAAGUCCUGCUUUCAGUCCCAUGAAGGGGCCAGAUGUUGUAUCACCUGGAGUCACAAGGGAACCUCUGGACUAUGUGAAUGUGACAAACCAGACCUCAGAUGGCUUUACACUCAUAUGGGGAUCACCAGAAGGAAAGUACAAAAACUUUGUUGUGACUAUGAAAGAAGCUGGAAAGGAUGAUGGAUCAAAGGUGACAGAAGGCAGGAAAGAUCAGCAAAGAGAAGGAAAACAUGAAGACUUUGACAAGGAUGGUGAUAAUGAAGAUGAAGAAGCAAAGCAUCAACCAACCAAAGAAGCAGAAAACAUAAACAGUGAAGAUGAAAACACACUUCCCGAAAGUGCUGUCACACAUAUUCCAAGGAAACAAAGUGGCACGGCUGCCAAACCUGCAACAGAAAGUAACAAAACCUUGAAAAAGAUUCUUCCUGGUUUAUCUCGCUCCUUCCAUUUUGAGGAUCUGUCUCCACAGACGGAGUACACUGUGACCGUGCUUGGAAAGGGUCCUGGCGUUCUGUCCAGACUGGAGAAGCUUGUCAUCAGUACAGGUCCGGAGCCUCCAUCCAACAUAGUCUUCAGUAAGGUGACAGAAAACUCUGUGACAGUGUCCUGGACCAAGCCAAAAACCCCUGUUAGUGGUUUCAAACUCACCUACGCCCACGCUGAGGAUGGUGAGCCGGUGCCGGUGUCCUUAGACACUGAGGGCACCACCUUUGAUCUAUCACAGCUCUCCCCCGGCUCCUCUUAUGAGGUCAGUGUCAUCUCCAUCCUGGAGCAGAAUGAGAGCGAGCCAGUCAAAGAGUCUGUCACAACACUCCCCGACCCACCAACAGACCUCCGGGUUAUAAACAUUACGGACACCAAGGCCUUGUUACUGUGGCGUCCGGCUUUGGCUGCUGCUGAUAAAUACGCCAUCGUCUACGGCUCAGGUACAGGCUCGGAGGUGAGGAUCUCGGUGUCUGGAAAUGCAGCAGAGCAGCAGCUGAGCGAUCUCCAAGGAUCCACCACCUACACCGUUACCAUAACCAGUCAGCAGGGCAGUCUGGAGAGUUCCCCAGCCAGCACCAGCUUUACCACCACCAGUGGGAAAGACAGGGACGGGCCUCGUGAUCUCCGAGCCAUCAACGUGACCCCUCGCACGGCCCUGUUGUCAUGGAAACGCCCGCCAAAGCCCGUGGAGAGCUACAGGUUGACCUAUCAGACAAAAGGUCAAGAAAGGAAGGAAGUGACUGUGAAUGCCUCAGCAACAGAGUACAACCUGACCAGACUUCUUCCUGGAUCUAAGUACAGGGUGCAGCUGCAGGCCGAGGGGGGAGGACAGUCCACCUCCUCCGUCUCCACCAAUUUCACCACCG